UUUUCACGUCGAAUCAAAUGAAUAUCAUUAAAAAUAAAAUUAUUUGAUUUGGAGUUAAAGUUGAAGUUUAAAAAGUUGUGGAAACUCCAUAUGAGCUUCCGAUUGAUAAUUACUGGUACUUCAUAUGGACCAUAUAUCUUCGUCUUUGGCGCCUAUUCUUGAAAAUCUCUAACUGAACUCAAAAGUCAAACCCCCAAGAAGCUGAUUCUGAAAUUUUCGAAUUUUCACAGCCGAUAGAUUUUAUCUGAAGAUUCUAUCAUUUCCGUCAAAGAGAAAUGCCAUCAGAUAAGGCCCUAAUUAACAUCUCCACUUGGGAUGGCACCAUUACAUCUACUGAUUUUUACGUUGCUGCUGUUAAUUUUGCUGAGCAAUGGAACAAUUUAGAUCUAGGGUUUCCUCACUGGUCAUGGAUCAACUGUCCAAAGGGACCACUGCUUGCUGCUAGCAAGGUUGGUCUUUGUGCAUUUGCUUUAUAUAUAUGCUUUCGGCUUGUUCUAUAUAUUAUUACUACUUGUAUUCUGCAAUUUGGGCAGGUAGAAGGAUAUUUAUCAUUGGAGAAUAUGAUUCUCCCCGGAUCUGCUGAGGAUGAUCGCAAUGAAUGUGGUCUUGCUGGAAUAGAAGAUUUGACUUGCUCUAACGAAGAUGUAUUUAGUGAUACUGCCAUAUUGGUUCAAAAGCACAGCCAGGAAAGACAUCAUUAUGACUUCCAUGUCGUCUACAGUUCCUCUUUCAGGGUUCCGGUGCUAUAUUUCCGUGCAUACUGCAGUGAUGGAGAACCCUUGGCAAAAGAAGACCUGGAAAGAGACCUUCCAGCUUAUACUGCACAAGAAUUAGCAAUAUCAAAAUGGACUUUUAUGACUCAGGAGGAGCACCCCUACCUGAAUCGGCCGUGGUACACAUUACAUCCAUGUGGAACUGGUGACUGGAUGAAGCUACUUUUCAGUAAUGAACCUUCAGCGGUGUCUCAAGGUGGAGUUGCAGUUGAGAAAUAUAUGAUCUCAUGGUUUUCAGUUGUGUGUCCGAUCUUUGGUCUUAAAAUCCCCUUAAAAUUGUUUGUAAAUGUGUCUAGCUGUAUAACUGUUCAACCAACAAGUCUGAAAAUGUUUCUGAUGUAAUAUAGUUUUAGGAUUUUUUUUCUCAACGUAAAUGUUCUUCUGAACACAGCAGCAAAAAUGAAUUAUCUGUAAGAUGUACCUCUGUUAAAGAUUGCAUUCAGAUGCAAAACAUCAGACUACAGUACAAUAAGUCAUGUUUAAGUG